CUUCAAGGUGCGGGUAGGGAGCGAACGGACAGCCACGCUGGAUACAAGCUACAGCUGUGACAUUCAGGUGACCUUUAAGAGGCGGCAGAGGACCUGAGGGUACAUGAGGAGACACGACAACAUACAUCAUCCGUCGUAAAGGUCUUGACUCCUGCUCCUCUGCUGGAUCACCUGUAACCGAUGCAGACACAUGUGGAGGCCCCUGCAUGGCUCAGGAUUUGAUGAAUACCCAGCGGGGCUCCAGGGUCACACUGGCACAUGUUUUGUUGUUCACUUAACCGCCUUGAUUAAAACUUGGAAAGAAAUACAGUUACCAUGGGAGUCUCACCUGUGGAACUAAUUAUCGGCACAAAGAUAGAGGAUCGCCCACUUCGCUCUCCCUCAUUUCCUAAUAAACAAGCUGAGCCGCAGCGUCUGUCAUCACAUCUGUACGGGACUCUAACCAGGAAGCUGCAAGACGUCCUCAUCCUCCCAGCAGAAUGCCGAGCCAGCUCGAGGGUGCCAUGGAUGCACUGAUCACAGUUUUCUACAACUACUCUGGAAACGAUGGAGACAAAUUCAAACUCAACAAGGGCGAGCUGAAGGAGCUGCUGAACAGCGAGCUCACCGACUUCCUCACGUCUCAGAAGGAUCCGAUGCUGGUGGAGAAAAUCAUGAACGACCUGGACUCUAACAAAGACAACGAGGUGGAUUUCAAUGAGUUUGUUGUGUUGGUUGCCGCGCUCACUGUCGCCUGUAACGACUUCUUCCAAGAGCAGAAGAAGAAAAACAAGUAGGAAUCCAAACGUGAGCCGACUGUAAAUCUCUCUACAGUUUGAACGUGUUAAAAACAACACAGUAAACGUCCCCUCAGUUUCAUUAUUGUAUUAGCAUUUCCUGCUUUAUAGGAUGAGACGCUCUGUUCUGUUGUCUUGCAAAUGUUCAGCCUGGAGCUGUUAAACAACAACUUCUUUGAUCCAAAUUAGUUUUUUUUAUUUUAGCGUGAUGUUUGUAACUAGAUUAUGCAAAGUGCCCUUUUCCUAAAUUGUCUCAAUUGUCCUUUUUAUUGUGUUUGAAGCUGUUUUUUUAUUCCAAACGUGUUAGAAUUAGAGAAGAAACUCUGAUACUGACAAAUUGAUUCAGUGGCUUUAACCUUUAAAUUUGCACCUUUUGUCAUUUAGGAAUUUGUCUUGUCAUCCUUUGUUGUCAUUUCUCUGUAGUCCCAGUGGAGCCCCAGCUGCUGCUGCUGCUGCAUUUUAAAUGUCAAAAGUUAAAUAAUUGUGUUUCGAGGCGUUGUCGCGUCCUGAUGGCGCGUUUAGUAGGAAACAUGCUGGUCCCUCGUCAGUCCUGCUGUCAGUCCGUGUUCCCCGAGGAGGACUCUUCCCCCUCGUGUUGGCACAAAGCUGGAGUCAUGGAAAAAUGCACAGGAUCACGGUUAAUGUUGUGUAGCGUUGUUUCUCUCCUGUCUGUAACGUUUAAUCUGUUUGAAUCUAUUGUGAGUCUCACGAGAAAACAUUUAGAUAUUCUGACCAUCAAUCUGAGAAUCUCAUAAUAAAUCACCUGCAGUGAAUAAACAGCUCUGUAUCAUGUGGAAACUGGACAAUGUGA